AUGGAAAUUGCUAGAGUACAAGUUGCAAUAUUCUUGACUGCAGUGAGCACUAACAACACGGAAGUGGUUCUGGAACUGUUAAAAACUACUACUGAUGACCAGAAAAAUGUGGACAACUUCAUCAAUAUAUUCCGAGGAAUCUCCAUUGAGGUAACAUCUGCAGAAUUCAACAACGUCGGAGACAUCACUUUGAAAGUUUUGAUUGCUGACAUGCUUCCAGUAGUAAUGGUUAUGACUAAGAACAACGACAGCCUGACUAGAUGGAAAUUUACUGAACUCAAAGGUCAUAAGCCCGGAUCGGAUUCACAGAAAAUAUUCCCCAAGUUUAAUAUGUCUGAGUUGGGCUCCUCUGGUGUUCCAUGA